GCUCGUUUGUUUCAAGAAAACAACAACAACAACAUCAACUGUUGAGACUAGGCACAGGCACAGACCAGAAGACCCUAGCCUAGAUUUCACCUCUUCUCGCGUUUCUCAACAUCUUUACUGUUGGAUAUCCUCGCUUCGCAUGGCUUGAACGUGUCCCGCUAGAUUCCACCGACUCUGCUGUCCCACCGCCGGCGGGUCCCUUGCCACUCGCUGUCGGGGCCUCGUUCGCUGCACUCCUACACUGUCUCUGCGUCCAAGUCUGAGGUGUCAACUACAACAUGGAGUUUCCUGGUCUGGGAGAGCACUGCUCUGAAGCAACAUGUGGCCAGCUGGACUUCCUACCUGUGAAGUGUGAUGCGUGUGAGAAAAUAUUUUGUCAUAGUCACAUGGCCUAUUCUAAACAUUCAUGCCCAUCAGCAUACAAAAAAGAUGUCCAGGUUCCUGUCUGUCCAUUGUGCAACAGUCCUGUUUUUGCUAAGAGGGGGGAGCAACCCGAUAUUGCUGUUGGUGCACAUAUUGACAACAACUGCAACUCUGACACAGCCAAAACGAGAAGAAAGGUCUUCUCCAAUCGGUGCUCUGCGAAGGGCUGCAAGGCAAGGGAAAUGAUCCCAGUCAACUGUUCUGAAUGUACGCUCAACUUUUGUUUGAAACACAGACACCCCACCGAUCACCGUUGUGAGGGGAAAAGCGCUGGAAUGAGGAAGAAGGCAGCGGAUGCCGCUGCAGCCAGACUAGAAUCCUCUGGUGGGCCAUUUAAAAAUAAACCCAAAGCCCAUCCUCCGCCAAGUCAACGGCAAGGCAACAAGCUGGCUGAUGUUCAAGGCAACAUGAGCGAAGAUGAAGCAUUGGCUCGAGCCCUAGCAGCAUCCAUGCAAGAAACCAGUCCAUCAAGCAGCUCUGUUGGUGAUAAUUCGCAUCUGACUGCACAAGAAGCUGCUGAUUUGGCAUUAGCCCGUGCUCUGGCUGAAUCUGAACAGAUGCAUCAGAGUCAACAGAGGGCUCAGACAGCGGGUGGAUCAAGGGAUAAAUGUGUCUUAUCUUAGUAAAGCUGCCUUAUUUGUGACUUUCAUUCGGUUUCUCAGAAUUCAGAAGGUGCUUGGUUUGAAAUUUUGUAAACUUGGUCAACAUUCCUUGGAAGAAAGGCUUGUUUGACUGUUGCAUACUAUUUAAAGUGAAAAGUGCUUGUGUGUGAUAAGUGUCAAGCUCUUCAUUAUUCUUAUUGAAUGGCAUUUUUAAAUUGUUCAUAUGACCUUAAUCUUUCUCCUGUGUCUUAUUUCAUAUGCAAUUUGUUGCCUGCACACUUAUGUGAGUGUUGCCUUUCUUCCUGUGAAUUUCUAUGUGAUAUUAAUGCACAUUCAUAUGAUUUGUGAUAUUUCCAAAACACAAGUACCUUUGCACACACCAUUUCAAUAUUGUUACUUAACUUAUGAGCAAUAGCAAAAUUUUGUAUUCACCCAAAAUCACUGCCUCUGUUUCAAAAAUUUUUAUUUUUGCAAAGUAUUUUUCUUUUUCUUUGCACAAUCGACUAAUUUAACUAAGGCAGAAAACAAUUUUCAUCUAUUUAAAACUUAAACUUGUAUCAACUUUUAAUUUAUUUACAGUCAUGGUACAUGACUAUGACAAAACCUGUAUCUGUGUUUUAGCAGAAUAACUCUUGUCAAAAAUGUCAUUGAGAAGAAGUUUAAAAUUUAUUAUAUUUAGUUUUUAAGAAAUGUUUUGUUUCAAAUUCAAAUAAACAGAUUUAAAAACA